UGGGUGGAGCCAGCUGGUCGGCUCGUACUUCCUGUGGAAGGAAGUGUCACUUGGGGAGGACAUGCCUCUUCAUGUCUUCAUGACCCUGUUUCAGCCCCGGGUAAUUGGGAAGGAGUCAAGGGGGUGGUACUACCUCACGCCUUGGGGGGCUCAGGCACCCUUUGUGGUGGGACUUCCUUCCUCUAUUAAGGGGUGGAAGGAGUCCUGGUUCUGGGUGCGAGGUAAAUGGUAGGCAGUGGAGGGUGACAAAGCCCUGUCAUGCACAGUGCCGACCCAGUACUACGAAGCUCGUGAGUCUCCCGACCUCUGCUUGUGUUUUGAAACCAGAAUGUUUAUUCGUCUAACUGUUGGCGGUUCAUCUUUGCAGAUAGUAGUAUGAGGUUCGAGCUUAGCAGGGAGGAAUUCGAGGUGAUAGAGGAUAUUUACAAGAGGCCUCUGAAGCUUCGGCACUUCGAUCACCUGAUUGAUAGAAGCAGAUACUUCUUGGACUUCGAGCUGAUGGCAUCCAGAGACAAAUUCAAGAAGAGGGAGUACCCAGCUCCAGACAUGGCCUCCAUCUUGAAGGCCACUUCUACUGUGAAGGCGAGGCCCCUGAAGCCUGGGUCCAGUGGAGCAAAGGAAGUUCGAGGCAGGGUUGAGCGCCUGUCGAAGGACUGCACUCCUAGGGCCUUGGAGGAGGCAUCUACUCAGAGGCCAGAGAAGCCUAAGGAGCCUCGGGGCAAGGAGAAAGUCUCUGAGGAGACUAAGAAAAGGAAGCUGGUGCACAUCUCCAGCUCAGCUGGCAAGUUUGGGACUUCAGUGUCCCAUAGGGCAGAACAGACCGGUGAGCCGAAGCUCCUUGCUGCAGCCUCUAAGGCCAUCAAAAUGGAGAUGGUGAGAAAGGUGAAGGCCGAAGAGGCUGUAAGGCGAGCUGCAGAAGCCGCCGAAGAGGAGGCGGCAAAGGAGAAGCCGAUUCGGGAGAAGGGGAAGUCUCCAAACUUUCUAGUUGGGAGGGAGGAUGAGCUGGCCCCAGCCUUGGUGGAGGCUCUCCCUGAGGAAAUUAGAAGUGCCACCGAGAGCUUUUACAAGUUCUGGAUGGAGAGGUGGCAGCUUCAUGCCUCGUCUUGUGAUGCCAUCGACCUCACAAGGGCACUGGUGAGCCAAAGCGCCCGAACCUUUGGUCUCGCGCUCGAAUGCAGGGAGGCAUUAAGUGAAUUUUAG